AUGCUGCCUGCCACCAGCUCCACCUCAUCAAACUCUACACAUGAGCUAUUACUUUUCGAGGCACUUCAAGAAGUUUUAGAAGAAGAGAUAGACAGAGACCCGCAUGUAUGCCUCAUGGGUAAAGACGUAGGCCACUACGGAGGCUCGUACAAAGUCACCAAAGGCCUAGCUGAAAAAUUCGGCGAUCUCAGGGUUCUCGACACCCCCAUCUGUGAAAAGGCAUUCACUGGUAUGGGCAUCGGAGAGGACUAAGACCCGUCUGUCGAAGGUAUGAACUUGGGGUUUCUACUCUUAGCCUUCAACCAAAUCUCCAACAACUGUGGCAUGCUUCACUACACAUCCGGUGGCCAGUUCACCAUCCCGGUUGUCAUCCGUGGGCCUGGUGGUGUGGGCCGGCAGCUCGGAGCUGAGCAUUCCCAGCGGCUAGAGUCUUACUUCCAGUCGAUCCAGAUGGUGGCGGGUUCAACACCUUAUAACGCUAAAGGGUUGAUGAAAGCAGCGAUAAGAAGCGAGAAUCCUGUGAUACUCUUUGAACAUGUUCUGCUUUAUAACCUCAAGGAGAGUAUCCCUGACGAAGAAUACAUCUGUAAUCUAGAAGAAGCUGAAAUGGUCAGACCCGGUGAACACAUCACGAUCCUGACUUAUUCAAGAAUGAGGUACCAUGUAAUGCGCGCAAAGACGCUGGUGAACAAUGGGUAUGAUCCAGAGGUCAUCGACAUUAGGUCGUUGAAGCCGUUUGAUCUCUACAGAAUUGGGAACUGUGAAUGUAUGAGAACGGGAGGGAUAGGAGCGAGUUUGACGGCAGCCAUAAACGAAAACUUUCAUGGUUACUUGGAUGCUCCGGUGAUGUGUUUGUCUUCUCAGGAAGUUCCAACACCUUACGCCGGUACGUUGGAGGAAUGGACGGUUGUUCAGCCAGCUCAAAUCGCCACUGCUGUUGAACAACUCUGUCAGUAA